CCCCUCGGUCUUUCACCCCGGCCGUUACGAAAGCGCGACCCCCCUCCCGCCCCGGCUAUAAAGCGGCCGGGCGGCCCCAGCGGCUCGCUCGCUUCCCUGGCUCCACGCGCGCCCGACGCCGCGGCCAGGCUUGAGCGCAGCUCCGGGCGGGAGGACUCCGGGCACGAUGGCGUGGGUAUGGGCGCUUGUGCUGCUGGCCGUGCUGGGCAGCGCCCGGGCGGAGCGCGACUGCCGGGUGAGCAGCUUCCGAGUCAAGGAGAACUUCGACAAGGCUCGCUUCUCCGGGACCUGGUACGCCAUGGCCAAGAAGGACCCCGAGGGCCUCUUCCUGCAGGACAACAUCGUCGCUGAGUUCUCUGUGGAUGAGAAUGGCCACAUGAGCGCCACGGCCAAGGGCCGAGUCCGUCUUUUGAAUAACUGGGAAGUGUGCGCAGACAUGGUGGGCACCUUCACAGACACGGAGGACCCCGCUAAAUUCAAGAUGAAGUAUUGGGGCAUAGCGUCCUUUCUCCAGAAAGGAAAUGAUGACCACUGGAUCAUCGACACGGACUAUGACACCUACGCUGUGCAGUACUCCUGCCGCCUCCUGAACCUCGACGGCACCUGUGCCGACAGCUACUCCUUCGUGUUUGCCCGCAACCCCAACGGCCUUCCCCUGGAUGCACAGAAGAUCGUGCGGCAGAGGCAGGAGGAGCUGUGCCUGGCCAGGCAGUACAGGCUGAUCGUUCACAACGGUUACUGUGACGGCAGAUCAGAACAAACCAUUUUGUAGCAACAUGGAGUUUCAUAGGAGAAGUUCCCAUUAAGUCACGCAGCCUUCAACUCGAUCUGAUCUUAGGAGUUUAGUUUGCCCUGCUCUGCUCCCCUCCCCUCUGCAAACACGGAACCUCAGUGCACAUAAAAAUAUAUGUGGGGAUAAGUGAAUCUGCACCCAAAUGACUGUCUUUUCUGGAAUUUUCUAAGCAAUUGUUUAAGGCUUAGGACUCCAGACUUUGAUUUAUUAAAAUAUAGUCACCCGUUUCCUAUGA